AUCUUUCACAUGACGUACGACCUGGCCAGCGCCGUGGUGAGGAUCUUCAACCUCAUCGGCAUGAUGCUGCUGCUGUGCCACUGGGACGGCUGCCUGCAGUUCCUGGUGCCCAUGCUCCAGGAUUUCCCCGAGGACUGCUGGGUCUCCAUCAACCGCAUGGUGAACGACUCCUGGGGGAAGCAGUACUCACAUGCUCUGUUCAAGGCCAUGAGCCACAUGCUGUGCAUCGGCUACGGCCAGCAGGCACCCGAGGGGAUGACCGACGUCUGGCUGACGAUGCUGAGCAUGAUUGUGGGUGCCACCUGCUACGCCAUGUUCAUCGGCCACGCCACAGCCCUCAUCCAGUCACUGGAUUCGUCCCGCCGUCAAUACCAGGAGAAGGUCAGCGGGGGGGUCUGGGCUGUGCCCCCGUCACUGGGGGGUUCGUUUUGUCACGACGGGGUCGAGAACCCAAAAUGCAGGAUGCCCGUCCUUGGUGCGCGCUCAGGAAUUGGGGAGAGCGGCAGGAUGGACGACAUCAAACUGGGAGGGAUGUUGAUCUGCCUGAGGGCAGAAAGGCACCACGGAGGGAUCUGGGCGAUGGGCCAAGGUUAA